AGCUGGGGGUUGUUCUCAUGGGGAACAGCUGGUCUGCACGGAGCCUGGCUGCAAACCUCAUCCUGGGACAGACCGGAUUCGACACCAAGGAGGAACCAGAAACCUGCAUGAGCAUCAGAGGACAGGUGAAGAAGAGAGAACUGAUCCUCGUAAACACUCCGGACCUGUUGGUUCCCAACAUGUCCCAGUAUAAACUCACAAAACACAUCGAGACCUGCAGGAGAUAUUCUGCUCCUGGACCUCAUGUGUUCCUGCUGGUUCUACAGCCUGAAACCUUCACUGAGGAAGACAACGUCCGUCUCUGCAGAAUCCUUGAGUGUUUCAAUGAGCGGCCAUUUGACUAUUCACUGGUCCUGCUCGCACCCCCCACACAGGGAGCUGUGGGUGUCAGGGCCAACUACAUGGACCGGACAGACCGGACGGCCUCAGAGGACAUGGUGAAGAAGUGCAGAGGACAUUUUUCAUUUAGCAAGAACACCAAACAAUCUGAGCUGCUGAAACAGUUGGACAUCCUUCUAGACAUCAAAGGACAACGUGUGAGCUCUGACACCUUUGUGGACUCGACAACCUCCGAUGGCCAAGUUUCUGGUUCUGCCUACAGAAUCAUUUUGGUUGGAAAAGAUGAAGAAAAAAAGAUCAGAAUUGGAAAUCUUGUUGUUGGACAAUCAGGAACACAUUUCCAAAAACAAACAGACAAGAUAUGUGUGGUCACACACGGGGAGUGGAAAGGAUCUUCAGUAACGGUGGUUAAAACCUCGAACUUCUUCAGUAUGUCCCAGGAAACUAUUAAAGAAGAAAUGAAGACAUGUGUGAGUUUUUGUGAACCUGGACCAAAUGUUCUGCUGCUGUUAGUAAAACCCUCCUCAUUCAAUCUGAAGAAGAGACAAACACUCAACUUCAUCUUCAGUUUGUUUAAAGAAGAUGCCUUUAAAGUCUCUAUGGUUGUCAGAACACAUGAUGAGAGGAACUGUUCGUCAGUCAUACAGCUGAUUGAAGACUGUGAUGCGAAACAGUACAAUAUGUAUGAAAAUGACGAAAGAACAUUGAUGAAGAAAGUCUGGAACAUCAUACGUGACAACAGAGGAGCCUUCCUCACCCUUGCUGAUGACAUAAAACCAGAGCCACACCAGAUGAGACCUCCUUUAAACCUGGUUCUGGUUGGGAACAGAGGAGCAGAGAAGACUUUAGCAGCUAAAUCUAUUUUAAGUAAGACAGAUCUUCUUCCAGCCUCCACCUCAUCAAAGUGUGUUAAACAUGAGGCAGAGGUGUGUGGACAUUGGCUUUCUGUGCUACAGAUGCCUCCUCUGUACAGGAAACCACCUGAGGAAGUGAUGGAGGAAUCCUUCAGGUGUGUCUCCCUCUGUGAUCCUGAGGGGGUCCAUGCCUUCAUCCUGGUCCUACCUGUGGCUCCCCUCACUGAUGAAGACAAGGGAGAGUUACAGACCAUCCAGGACACAUUCGGCCAUCGAGUCAAAGACUUCAUCAUGAUUCUGUUCACUGUGGACUCAGAUCCUGCAGCUCCACCUGUUCUUAACUUUAUAAAGGAGACCAAGGAGAUCCAGGAGCUCUGUCAGAGCUGUGGAGGAAGAUAUUUUGUUCUUAAUGUCAAGAACAAGAUGCAGAUCCCACAACUGCUGAAGUUUGUGGACAAGAAGAGAGAGUCAUACACAACAAAGACACAUGCAAAUGCUCAAACAGAAAAAUAUAGAAAAUUGCAAGAGGAAAAUCAGGACCUGAAAUUAAAGAAAAACUCCACCAGUAAGUAA